AUGAUGACCGAUCCCAUGGUGAUGCCCCCAGUCUCCCGGCCCAGGUCCAGAUAUGACAGAGCACAGCAUGGUGAUCUCAACAGCCUCCACUAUGACAGGCAUGAUGCAGUGACUGAGACUGGGAGAUGGGCCUUCCCAUUGCCUUGGGAUGUGUUCCAGAAAAGAUUCCUGAACCUACAGGUGGAUAUCCGCAAUCGCCUGAAGGAAACACAGCCUGCCUCUUCAGCUGUCCAUAUUGAGAGGAUUGACACCAUGGAGGAGUUUGAAUUACAGGAGCAACGCCUCUCUGACGCACAGACCUUUGAUACACUAGUGCUGCAAAUUUCAAGAAUUGGUGGGCGGAACACCAAGAACUGUGCCCACAAAGUGUUGGACGGGCUCUUUACCAACAGCCUCAAGGCCAAAUUUAAUUUGAAGGGCAAGGGGGAAAUGGGGAAACGUCCUUUAGAGGGAACAAAGCUUUAUAGAGCAAUACAAGAAGGGCUCAUGAAAUUCGAUCCCACAGCCACUGAGGAGAACAUCAAAGUGAACGUGUCCGAGCACCUGAAGCCGCGCCGCAAAGACGUGGAGGAUUUACAACGCCCCGAUAAGCCAGCCGCCUCACUCCAUGCAGGAAGACGGUUCUAAAUGAUAUCGGCUUCCACCUCACCAGUGAUGUGGCGACAGAGGCGUGGACAUUUAGUCAAAAUUGUGUUUCCAUUUUUUUUGUAUUACUGGAGCUACAUGAGUCACUGGAUGGCUCAGAUAUAUAUAUACACACACACUCACUCACAAUUUUUGAAAGAGUUAAAUUAAAAGUUCAAAUCAAUUAAAAUAUUAUUCAUUCAUAAUUCUUCUUCACUGUAUGACUCACAUAUAUACACCCACUCACUUAUACAGAAUUUUGAAAGAGUUAAAUUAAAAGUUCAGUUCAAUUAAAGUCGUAUUAUUCAUUUAUAAUUCUGCCUCAACUGUAUUAUGCUUGAUAAGUCUGGUGCCCAUCCUAUUCCAUUCAGGGCCAUUUGUUUUUGAAUAAAGA